AUGAUACGGUUACCAGUUGGCGCUGAUCAGGAACAGUCGCCACCGGAUUUAACCACUGGGAAUGGCAUUCAGAGCGAAAAUAUAUGCACAGAGAUCCCGAGUCUGCGUGAAAGUGCUCCGAAACCCACCAUCAAGACGCAAGAACCCUCUUCCAAAACAGCGCCAGCGUUAGUGGACGUAGUAGAGCAGGAUAUCCAAAAUCAACGCAGGACAUCGCACCGGUUGUCGACAGCUAAUCGCAAUGACGCUGUUGGUACUACUUCCACACUAUCGUCGACAAGGUCUAUCAAUGACCAGGGUAACAUGCGAAACAGUGAACAAAGAAUGUCGGCGUCAAGUGAUCCUUCUAGCACCGCAACCAGCAUUAUUUGUAGCUUGCCUCUGAACAAAUUGGAGUCAAUACUGGGAAUGCUAAAUGGAAUGAAGAAAAACCCCGAUCACACCGCUGAUCUGGUAUCAGCAAACGCGGUGUUACGUGACCAUGAUCAAAACAAUAGCUCGCCCGCUGGUUCGGACAGUACGCACGAUGCACCGAACGAUAACAGCUUAGUAUAUAAGGUGCUAUGCUUGUACUGUGACCGAAGUUUUACCAACCAAAAACUGAUGAUUAAACAUACCGAUCGCAUUCAUCGGAUAGCGAAAGACCGGCGUAGCAGUGCACGUGUACUGUCGACCGCAUUGAAUGGGUCGGACGUUUCAUCAUGCUGCCAUUUUUGCCAUAAAGGCAAGACGCUAAACUUAAUGUCAGAAAAUUUGCCGGAACUGUUCAAGCACCUGAUCUCCGUACAUUCAGAUCGGUACUAUGCUUGCGCGCAUUGCACUAUACGUUUUCCAAGCGAUGAAGCCAGGGAAGCGCAUAUGGAAGCUUUACAUCCGUCUACCAAUAGUAGACGACCAAAGUCUAAAGCCGCGCUUAAAGCCUUCAGUCAUGGUCAAAACAGCUGUACUCUUCACCACCCACAGCCGGUUGUCAGUGUUGUGAACUGCAAAACGUUCAAAACUGCUGGUGUUCCUCGAUCGGAAGCAACGGAACCUUUGUCAACGAUGCUGGAGCUUUGUUCCAGAUCGAUCGAUCGUCUUGUUGUAAAUAAUAAUAGUAUAAACAAUAGCAGUACUAAGGGUGAAUCGGCAGUUCAAAACAUUUGUUUACGGUCCUCGCUGCGCAAUGCUACCGCACCGACAGUAGAAAAGGAUGCUGCGAAUUGCAAACCGAAAUCCAAGGCCUUCAAAAAGUCAGAGCGUCUGCUAAGAAGGAAUUCGGAACCUAUGCUACUGUCACGUUUGGGUAUUACACAGCACAGAUUACCUCGUCAGAGCCGUCGGCUACUGGCAGCAGCAUCAACCACUGCAAAUGCUUCCCUGUUAUCAUCUGACACAACAUCCGCAUCUUCUAUAUCAUCCACAUCCUCAGCCAUGGGUUCCGAUGACGUACAACCGGUACAAAAUUGCUACAAUAAAAUUACUAAAUUAAAAACGAUACGUUCGACACUGAGUACCAACCCGAUGGUGUCGAUCGCUGAUGGCAGCGUUAGUAACAAUGGAUCUAAUGGCAGCACCGUUAUGCUAGCAACUAACAGUGGCAUAUUUGACGAAGAUUUCUACGAAACUGUCACACAAAACGUGAAAAACAAUCUUAGCUGUCACUUGGACGGAAAAUUGGAAGCCUCUACACCCUAUGCACCGAGCCCGAUGAGUCCAGUCUCGGUUGUACCUGCAGUACGUUCCACUGUCGUCAAGAGUCCAGUGUCGACGGAUAGUAAAAUUCACGAAGCGACCAACCUUCCGACUGUCUCCGUAAUGUUUCCUACGUUGUUAACUGUGGAACAGUAUGGUACGGAUCCGAAGCCAACGACGAGCACUGCAACGGUGGCUUCUGUUUCAUCUGCGUCGUCAGUAAAAACGAAAAAAACUGUUACAAAAAAUUCUUGGAAGUGGAAGUGGGACUUUGUGAAGAAAUACAAGUAUGUAAACGAAAAUGGACGAAUCGUUAAGAAAAUCAAACAACCAACAGUCGGACUUCGCGAUCUCUCUAAACUUGACAUGUGGACACAAUUAACCAUGCGUACGAAGCAUGAGCUAUUUCAGCAUCGACGAACGAGCGAUGAUCAACGUCAGCUACAAGCAUCAUCAGCCACGAAAAACGAUUCUGCCAAAGAGGAGCCGAUGAUAAUAGCGGAAGUAGGAGCCACUUUGCGACAUGAAAAACGGGCCAUGGUUGAGCAAUUGGAUCAAAUUCUUGACGCACGGUUGUUACCACAUAUAGAUUUGGAGCAGAAUGAUCAGCGCAUCAUAAAAAUUGAACCAUCUGACGAACACCCAAUUGAUGACAAAGCCGAGAUCAAUAUACCACCAAUGCAAUGUUCGACGCUCGUACCAUGGUCAAACACACAGUCCUUGUCCAAGAAUAUGGAUUUCCUGCACAAUCUACAGUUAAUUCAACUGAACAGACACCAUCAAAAUUCACCUGUCGUGUUAAGCGGAGAAUGGGCCCGACCUAGGUGUUACAUUUGUUAUGGCUGUGGUGCAAAGUUUAACUCCUUAAAGCAAGUAGAAGAGCACAGAAUCUUUCGACAUCCUCAUGUGCACUCUACCUUCUACGAGAUCGUUGGUCGCGAACUCAUCGAGAAACGAUUGUACAAGCAUUUUUUCAUUCCUGUUAUAGCACUGAUGAUGCAAAAAAUGCAUUGCAUGCGAUUGGGCAAACCCGACCGUGUAAUGAACAGUGCCAUCAUGCAUGGCAUGAUCCCUCAACAUGCUGGAGUUUGCAGAAUCAAUACUGUUACGGAAAUUAAAAACGAAGAUUCUUCGUCGAAUGAAGCUACCUCGUUUUCGACAUCAACCAGCGCCUCGUCAUCAUCGUCGUCGUCGUCAUCUCUACAUUCUGCAAACACCACGGUGACUACCCUAAUGGAUACUUGCUCUGAUGCUAUUAAUGUUCUUUCGCAGUAUAGUGUCCGCUCAGUGAUAUGCAGCAAAUGUCAAAAAGAAUGCCAGAAUCAGAUUUUGUUAUAUGCACACAUUCUGCACUGCUCCAAUGAUUAUGUGUGGCUACAAGCGAAAAAGCGUAUGAAGUACCGUCGUGCUAAACGGAGAAGAGGUGGAAAUCGGAGUGUUGCUAGUUGUGCCCCAGCUAUGCUAACAAUGCCUAGAAUGAUUCAGCCUCAACCUAACUUAGUGGAGAAGGUGGAUUCGAUAGGAUAUGUCACAUCUGUAAAUGAAAAGCAUGGUUUGAACGAGGUGGUCACAUCUAAUUCAAGCUUAAACAACAUUAGCCUCAGCAGCAAUGUCAGCAGUAGCAGCGACAGUACUUGUGGCAGCAGCAGUACCAGCAACAAUAGCUCCAUAAACAGCACCGAUCUUUCAAAAGUGAAUUCGAACCAAAAGGUUCGCAGAUCUCCUAAGCCAAAGGAGAAUGAUAGUGAUAUAGUGAAAAAGCUACUGGCAAAUCUACCGGCAAAACGCAACUCUCGUGAAACAAAUUCUCCAACUUCGAUACAAAUCAACAAGCGAUCUCGGGUGAUAAGUACUAGUGGCGGUCAAUCGUCCGGAAACAACAAACCUAGAAAGAAAAAGUUAAACGAUUGUAUCGCGAUGUUGACGGGUAAACUAUCACAACAGUUAGGAGUAGAUUUUUUUAACAAUGAAAAAAAUAGAGGAGAGGUAUAUCCAACUGAAUCGGCUGCUUCUUGCUCUACAUCAGAGCCUGAAAAGCUUGUAAUAAAAAACACGACCACUAGCAGCUGCUCCCUAUCCUCUGAUGAAUGUUCAAGCUUCAAAGAAGAUGGUCUGGUUAAGGAACAAAAUGUCCAGAUACAUUCUAUGCUUCCAGCAAUUGCGCCAAACAAUAAUUCUAAUACAUCUUCAUCUGUACAAGUCGACACGGCUGCAUCAUCCACCCCAACAGUUUCGUCGAAUGAGUAUCGUCAAGCUUUAACUGCCUUGCCACCACAAACGGCACCAAUUCAUUCUGGAAGUACCAUUGCACCGAAAAUGGGAGCAGGCAAUUUUUCGUCGUUAAAACUACCGCCGGGGUUAAUAAUAGAACGUGUUGAAUACAAGCAGUCUCGCCCAUCUAUUACAAAGGAAGUACCAUCUGUUACAAUUGUGGCACGCCAACUGCCUGGAACAUCUAUGUUAGGACCAAUCGACAUGCAACGGCUUGCUGCUGUGAGGCUUCCUGCUCAUCUGCAACCUCCCGUGAUUCCACCUUUAAAAAUACCGGAUGCUGCAACUUCGGCUACAUUGCUAGAAAAAAUAUUUCACCCAACACAUAGCGACGCACUAUCCACUGGGCUCGAAUUGAAAACAGACGCUCAUUAUGGAAAUAAAACUGAACGACAAAAUAAAAACGAAUGUUUGCUAGAUCUGAUGUCGUCAAAAAAAAUGAAAAUACCGGAAAACAUUAGCAAAGCCAUAUCGCAAAACCGUCAUAAUGUCGAAGAGCAACAUCAACAUAAUACUGUUGCUGUUGCGCUAAACGUGCAAGAAGCAAUUGAAGCAAAACUGCAAAACGCACAAAAAGAAAACAAUGUACAACUGCAGAACAAACCAGAAGAUUGUAACAUCGCAUUGACGCAUACUGUCGAUAAUACAAAUGAUUCGAACACAACGCUUGGACAAGACCAUAGUAUUAAGGGGAUCAAUCCACCAGCAUCUUUAUCAGCGAUUGAUACUGCGGACAUGAUGAAGACUGUGGAUAAAAUCGAUGCAGCCUCAGAGGAUGGUUCGGUUGAUACAAUUGACUGUCAGGUAAGCGCUGACACACAAAAACCGGCUUUGAAGAAGAUUGCUCGUAAGAGGAGGAAAAAUGAACUAGCCUCGAUACUAUCGGACCAGCUGUUGGAGAGUUUUAAAGAAGUGGACAAGUCGAGAUUGGAUGAUCUGAAGCUGCUGCAUGAUUUGACAUGUGAGACGCCUGAUGUGAAAUUCACACUGGAACAGAUUCCACAACUGGCGAAGCGCAAGUCUAACCCUAGACUGCCAGAGUUAGUAAUGCAAGAAACAUCAAACAUCAAAGCAACCUCACUAAACAUAACAACAAAAAAAGGACAGAAUACUAAAAGACAACCAAAAGAAAAAGAACAAAUAUCACUGUCAACAGUUAAGGAGGUAAAAAAUAAACCAUCAAAUGACACAAUUGACAGCGGCGAACCUAAUGAGGUGAAAAGUGUCCAGAUACAAGAGAGGAAAGAAGAUGGGUUUGUAAAUUCUGGCAACGACAUGAAAGACAAAUGCGCCCUUCAAAACGAACCUUUAGAAACGAAAAAAAGUACCGGAGAUCUUGGAAGUUCAACGGAACAAGAGCUGGCGAAACAUAAAGCAACACGAUCAAAAACACAAACUACGUUUAGUGGUGAACAUGGUUCACACAACUCUCCAAGAAGAUCUUUAACGCGCGCAACGAACUCAGAAUUGAAUGCAGAUGUAGUAGCAAACGACCGAACUGCAGAUAUUAACAUCCAAGACCGUAAGAGCUUGCUACGUAAACGGAACAUUGCACCAGCUGCAGAAAUAGUGCAAUCAUGUGAGAAAAAUAAUUUUACCAACAGUAUCGACAAUGCAGAGACUGCGAACUCUCUGACGGGUAGCAAUAAUCGUUCAACAGAAAUGGUAUCCCAUAAAAAUGUGGACACAACACCAACCCCACCUAUUAUUGCAGAAAAGGCGUCUUCAAAUCCUCCAAAGCGAAUUAUGUCUCGUCGCAAAUCUGUUUUCGUGGAUUGCGAUCUAGCGCUGUAUGUUGAAAAAGAGGAAGAAAAACUGAAAAAAGAAUCAACCAAUGUCUCAUUCAAAGACGAUUUCAUGCUGACAUCUAGGCGAGGUACGCGAAGCCAAGGACAACUGGGCUUAGAUUUAGUGGAGAGCCUUGCGGAAGCGACUAUGAAGCCUCGUGAUCCUCGUAGACGAAUGUUGCAGAAACGUCGUGAAGAAGAAUUUAAUGCUAGAGAAAACAAAAUACAGUUACAAAUCAAGAAUGACCCUCCAAUCCCAGUCGAAGAGCAAACGGCUGACGUAAUCGAAAAACAAACGAAAAGCGUUUCUUCAAACAGUAUUGCUGCAAAAGGCAAAAAGUUGGUGACGAAUGAGUUUGACAGCUCAGUAGACACAAAUGCUAAAAAUGAUAAAGAAAUCUUAUUUUCUAUCGGAACCGAAGGACAUGCCCCUUUGCGAAGAAUUAGUGCUAGGAGAGCUUCUGUAUGCGUGCGCCCUUUAACAGAUUCCAAAAAUGUUAAAGGACAUGACAUGAGUACAAUGACAGCAUUGCCGGAAGAUGACCAUCUGCGUGACAUUGGCAAUGAAGUGAAGCGUAUCUACAAGCGUAGAGCUUCAAUUUAUCAACCAACACCCGACUUGCAACAGGAAGAUAAAAACAAAAAAGAGACGACGCCACAGAAAUCUCACAAUCGCCGUUCUAAAACACCAGGCCCUGGUGAUUGCAAGCGUCGCAAACAACUUCCGUUAAAUGGCACGUCAGAGCCUCUCAUAGAAUCGUUACUGCUCCAUGCCCCGGAUUCGGAAUCGAAUGCUCCAAAGCGAAGAACGACAAAAAAUAGCCAAAUAGCAGAAACAGUUUCAAAAUUGUUUAACAUACAGGAGGAAAUCAUGUUGAUUGACAGUUCAAGACGUAAACCAAGGAAAGUGAACUUUCCAUCCGUAUCAACACAACCGGAAUUAUCCGUUCAGGAACAACAGAAAGAAACAUUAGAUAGUACAAAUGAAGGCACGGGAAUGGAAAAAGGGAUUGAAAGAUGUAAAGGAUUAUCUUCAUACGAACUGCCAAUGGUUGGUAAUGAAGGAAUUGAGAAAAAAUCACCACCUCACAUACCAAGAAAAUCGUUUUCAUUUUCCAACGACGAAGAUGAAUCGCCGAAAGCGAUAAAGAAAAUGGUGGAAAAUAUCAUUAACAACACGACAAACUCAUCUAACGCUUCGACAGACUAUUCGGACGACGAUAAUAUGUCGCUGGCUUAUUUCGCAGCCCGUAAUAACGCACCUGUUACUAAUUUGGGACAAUCGACAGACAACUUUCUGAAACCUCCUUCGAGUACCCCAGUACGUGCUAUGUCGGUUAUUGCAGACGACGAGAGUACCACCUGCACUGAUGCCUUAGAUGAUGAUAUGAUGAGUGUUACUACGGAAAUACCACCAUCGAGCAACGCGUCCAGAAUGGGCACGAGUCGUGUAAGAAGAAAACGUAGAAAAUCUAGGCGCCAGAAUAGCAAGAUUAAAAGGCAACAGACAAAAACACAGGAAGAGAAUAACAAACCAGUGCAAUCUUUCAAUUGCAUUCUUUGCCGAAAAAUGUUCAAAAAACAUGACGCGUUUAACAAACAUCGCAUGACGCUCUCGCAUAUCGCAAAGCUUUCGGAACAGGAAUACCUAGUGUCGCAACAGAAUCAAGAACGACGGGAAAACAAAUCUUUACUCGAGCCUAAAGAAAAUAUACAGCUUCAACCAAAUCCCGACGAUAACCAAAGGACGGAAAAAGUAGAUGAACCUAAUGCAAAUAGUAUGGAUGCACCUGAACUAGUUCCAACUACACCUAACGGCAAUUUAGCAAUGGCAUCAUUGCAAAUGAAAAUGACAGACAACAACAAGCUGCAUGGUAAUCAAUCAGUGAAGGAACUAAGUCAAGAGGAAAAACUUUUCUUCGAAUGUUGCUCGAUGCUGAAAGAGUCUAAUGCUGGCGAAAGCGAUGAAUUGAAGCGUGUUACUGUUUCCUUGGAAACAAACGAACUAUUAACUUCAUCCGAUUCCAUCAGUCCGUGCGUAGUUUUUACUGACAAAUCAACCAAUGUAUCAGCUACUGGCGCUUCCGUUAAUUUACCGCUAGUUGAACAAAACCAAACAAGUCCAGUAAGCAUGACAUGCUGUGUGGAAGAGUUUGUUGCGACACAAGUUACAAAUAUCCGCCAACAGGAGCAGGAAGGAACAGGAACACCACAGAAUCAUGAAAGAUUGCGCGAAGGUGCAAAUUUUAUGGUACAACGGUAUGUUGUUGCGAACGUUGCGAGGAAUACCUCACCACACAACUCGAUAAAGUCAUCAUCGACCAUGCCUACCGCUACUACCAGUAGUAGUAUUAGUAGUAAUAGCAGCAGUAGUACCAGCAGCAGCAGCAGUAGAAGUAGUAGCUGUAGUGAUAGUAACACUGUCAGCAAGAACAACGCCAAUAAUGCAAAAAUUAAAACUAAAGGAGCCCUGAAAGGAUAUGACAACUUCAAAGUUUCAAUACCAAUGACUGGUGUCGCCGUUGGCAAAGAAUCACGUUUAGACACUCUAGCAGAUGUCGCGCUAUGUGGAGACAUUCCUAAAGAGUUUGGCAUUGAAGUUCAAAGCCAUGAAAUAAAUGCUGCUACACUAGUCAGAGUGGACGAGCGCGUUAGGGAUGAUAUUUAUGCAUUCCAAGAUUCACCAUGCGAUGGUGAUCUACCUUCGACGUAUUCUUCAAAGAAAAAUAGUAAUACAAUGCAAAAUCAAGGUAUGAUGAAAAACGAGGAAAGUAAUCAGCAACAACAGGUAAAACAAAAUGCCACGAUCACGGCCUCACUGGAAGAACAUGACGACAGUCAGAUGUCCAGCCUGAGCUUUUCCGAUCGAGAUGAUUUUGUUUACGGUACAAAUACAAUGAGCGAGGAGGAAGAAGAGGAAGACGACAAAAACAGUAGCAUAAGCAGUGAACAGACUACACCGAAGAAGCUAACAAACGCGGAUGUUCAGAAAAAGAGUUUGAUUAUGGGUCGUAUUUUUAAAAAGGGUGGAGCAAAAGAUAAAUUUGUAGGAGAUGUUGGGGUGCGAAAGAGUUCAACAACUUCACCUGAAGAACCCCCGGUCGCAGAGGUACCGCACAAAGCUGCAGGUACGCCCGUAACUGCUUCCAAACCGGCGACAACUCUUAAAUCAGCUGUUAAAGACUUCGAUAAGCUGUUCGACACGCUGAAAAAUGAUGCUGUGUCGGCAAAUGAACUACAAAAUAACAAUGACACAGUUUCCGACAUACGACACGCAGCAUCCCCUGGAGAAGAAAUUCUUGUUGCCACAAUGGGUGUGAAGGACAAGCUAGCCGAAUGCCAAACAAAUAAUUCUGAUCAUCCAUAUCAUCCUGGACGCAAUGAUUUUGGAACAAUCAAUACCGGUACAGAUCGUUUACGUCGACGAAGAGCUGGUCAACAAAAGAUUCUCACGGAAACGUGGGAUUCUGACGAGUUUGAGGACAUUCAAAAGGAUGAUAUCAUGAGGUUGAUUAAUCGUACUGAAGAUGAUGAAGUGAUCGACAAUACAUUGUCUACAAGAAGGAUACCGUUGCAUAAGACAACAGAUGAAAAGACAAAAUCUGGAAAUUUGGAGUGCAUAUCAACUGACAGAUUGAAGCAGUCAUCAUCUUUAAACGAUAUUUCCAACAACGAAAAUCACAGAAUAGAACAAAUGUUGGAUAAGCAUGCUGGAUCAAAACAAGGAAUACACUCACUUUUCGAUAAGAAACCAUUAAAAUUCGACACUACCACCGUUACGGACGACACUAUUCGUAAAGUGAUGGAAAGCGUUAUAUUGGAAACAAUGGGUAAAAGCUGUAAUUCCAACAAGCGAAAACCAACAACUGCUCAUGCACCCACAUUGGGUACAGAUAGUACGGCAGCUUCUAAUAGUAAAGUGCUUAGAGUCUCGUCGAACACAUUCGAAAUGACAUCGUUAGAAGAGCACACACUAGAACCGAGCGUAGUAAUAUCUUCAAAAACAAUAACAAGCAAGUUCAAGCAAAAACUUAAUUCAUCAAUGCGUUAUAAUCUAACAGAAAUUGAAGGUGUAUCUGAUAGUUACGAAAAAGAGCCCAUGUCAAGACAGUCAAAAUUGGCGACAAACACUUCUAGCAUAUCCGACACAAAUUCCGGUACAAACAUAAAGUUAGCCACAAACAACAAAGAAGAUUGGAUCGGUAAAACGCCUGUUGCGAGUGGUAAACAGCGCAAAGUGGCUCCAAAAAAGAUGAAAAACAUUGCUUACGAUCCUGAUAGUGACUAUGAGCAAAGCAUCAAAUGUAAGAAAGUAAAACGCAAAUUAUUGGAAAAUGACAUCGAAGCCAAUUUGAAGAUAGAACAGCUUCAAUCGACACUGUUGAAUGUAGAAGAUAGUAGCAUCCUGUUAACGACGCCGCGGCGUAAACGUAACGCCGGAGAUAUGCUAUACUAUUGGUCAUCCAGUAGUGACGAGGAAAUAGAAAAGGAAGAAAAAACUGGUCGUACAAAAAGACAUGGCGAUAUCACGGAAGAUCGUCGUCGUCAUUGCAAGCCUAUAAACAACAACAAUGUAACGGUAGGAAAGAAACGCGGUCGCAAAAAGAAACAAACACAAUUAGAAAGCAUGAAUUCCAUAGAACUCAUAACUGAUGAUGUCAAAAAGCAGGAUGCGUCUGACUCCGAAAAGGAUGAAACUAAAUCAAAGAGUACAUUAUUGAGCCAACCAACUACUAUUACGACGGAAGCAUCGUUGAUAGAGGUAUCGGCAAAAAAAUCAAGAACAAACACAGGAUCUACUGAUAAAAAGGUAGGAAUAGUACCCAAAACUAAGAAGCAACUUGAUACGGAAAGGUCGUUACAGAUACAAACAUUACCAGUACAAACAGAUGAAGAAACGUGUGGUACUAGUAGUGAACAUCUUCAACAGCAUGGCUGGAUAAUGGGUGACUCACACAAAAAGCUUGUAACGAUGUUGGCACAUGCUAAGGGAAAACAUGAUAGUCGAAAACAGUCAACCACCAAUCGAAAGAAGUGA